GUUUUUCCGGGACAAGCCGAAUAUUGUAGGUUACGGAAAGGGGCGAGUCGAGAGCAGCGACACCAAGCGAAGGAUGCGGGAAACAGUCUACGCUAGUGCUGUUGAGGAGCUUCCUUCCUCUAUUUAAAUACAAGGUAGCACUGGGAACGAGGCAUUGCUGUGAGGAGCUAGGACUAGCUGCAUCGAGACUUGUCUUGACGUGUUGACAGGGGCCGGAGCUCGUCCACGCAUUUCCUAAUAAUACAACACAGUUGAUGACGAUGAGUUAGAUGCCAACUUAGAUUGAAGACACUGAUGAAAAACAAGAUACAGUGAAGAAUUUUCAUAGACUGAAUCAGAACGAUCAAGGACAGAUGGAUGAGAGUGACACGGAGUGUGGAGGAUGUACACCAGCAAAGUGCAGGAGGAAGCACAAUGACGGGGACACGUCAUCAGGCGGGGAAAACAUGGAGCUGGCAGGUACUACCACGUACUGCCCUCAGGGAACAAGUGAAGGAGCAGGCAGGACUACGGAGGAUGCAGAAAAUAUAGAUGGUGAUGAAGAGAGUGCCGACGAAUAUUUGUUUGAUGACAUCACAAAUGAGGAAGAGGGGGAAGGAAUAAGAGACAUGUCACAGCUUGGAACAGGUGCUGCAGAGGUCAAACUCCAGACUGUUCAACAAGAGUCAUACCAACUUGUAGAGAAAGCUGGAGAUCCAAUUGUGACACUAGCACAACACGUUGUGGGAUGUUGUCAACAACCACAGGAAGAAAUAGCGUCAGCACCAGAGCAACAUCAAGGGACACAACUCCAACCAGCUUCAGUUGGUGAUGUUGCUCAGACAACAAGUCAGACACAGCUGCCCACAAAUACAUCUUGUGUAGUUCCUAACACAACCAGUCUACAGGUCCGAACAACAGCAGCCCUGACACCAGCGUCCACAUCUUCUCUCCUACCCAGAAUACCAGGAUCUGUUUUAUCAGAGAUACAGUCGUCCGGGCUACCUGUGGCACCAGUGACUGGUGAUUCUCCUGUAGUCACCCAGUACAACCUUAUCCAAGUACGGCAGCAGUUUGGAAAUGUGACAGUCCAGGGCGCCAGGAAUCUGAACAUUGGCGGAACGCAGAACGUUAGUACACCUCAGACCCGCCCAUUGACUGUUGCAGCACAGAAGAUCAGGAAAAGAACGGAAUCCAGGAUUCAGUCAAUGACUAAAGACAUGGUGGAGACAGAAGCCCUCCAGAAAGUGAAGGAGAAGCUGGACAGAGGAGCAACAUGGGUGACAAUUAAAGGAAGGCCAGGAGAGGGGAAGUCUACAAUAGCCUACAUGGCCCUCAGCGAUCAGCACACUCAGGGGAGACAAGUAUAUCAGGUGGUGUCACCAGAAGAGUUCAAUGAGGUCAUAACGGCCAGCAUUAACCCUGUCAUUAUGUUAGAUGACAUAUUCGGUGAUCUAGAAUUUGAUGUAGCAGAAUGGGCCAAGUGGAGACCAAGUCUACGACCUAUUGUGGAUAUGAAGGAUCCAGACAAGACCACUGAAGAGGACUCUAUGGAUAAGUCCACUAAAAGUAAAAAAGAGAGAACAAAGGAUGAGCAAACAAUUCUGAAGAGAACAGCACCAAACAAAGGCAAAACGAUCAUUAUCCUCGUAGGCCGUGACUAUGUGCUGAAAUCCUCACUGGCAGACUUGGGAAGGAUGGCAGAUUACAUAUCUAGUGCCCAGUAUGUGGUGGAAGUUUCCUCACAGAGAGACUCUAAUGAACGAAGGAAGAUAUGGCAUGUUCAUGCCAAAACAAAAAACAUAGACUUUGAUGAGUCAACCGUGUCUCGGAUAUGUCAAUCUGACUCUCCACACGGCUUUCCCCACGUGUGUAAAAUGUUUGUCACAUCAUGUGAAAAGGAUCAGACUCAGCUUCCAGUAGAUACUUUUUUUCAAGCGCCUCUAGCAUUCCUCAAACAGACCCUAGAUAAAUUUCUUAAAGAUGAGAUAAAGGUUUCCCUGUUCAAGGCUAUGAUUAAGAGGGAUGGAAAGAUUAGUGGAAAAGAGUUGGAGGAGGAGGAUGCCCAUGGAUACAAAUACAUAACAGCUGCUGAUGAUUUGGUUGGAUCUUACCUCAAGAAGGAAGAUGACACAUACAUGUUUGACCAUCCCUCUAUAUAUGACAGUGUCGCUCUAAUUCUCAGCACGAAACAAUCAAUGUUUGUCAUCGAUUUUUGCAGUUUGUCAUUCAUCCAUCAGCGACUUCUUCUUAAAGCCUCCACAAGACCAAGGGAAAACGUUCCUGGUGAGACAGAUCUUGUUGCAAACAUCUCCUGGAACUAUGCUAAACAUCUAGCAAGAAGAUUUGCAACUGAAAUUUCAAGGAGCAAUUUGUUGCAUGUCUUAUCGCACCAGACAUGUUGUAAUCCAGAGUUUAUAGACUUGCUAAUGGGCUGCCUGAAAACACAGUGUCACAUGUCUGUUUCUGAUAUUCUCAAACUAGCUGAUAACUCUUCAAAACAGUCAUUUUGUGAAUUAAUUUCUAGCAGCAAGUCACAUCAUCUCAUCAAAUUUAUUAUGGAGAAAGAAAACAGAACAUUCAGCCAGAUUGAACUGAGAGACAUUUUACUUGGGGUGUGCAAGAAUGCUGCUUGUAGUGUACUGACCUAUAUCAGUGAACACCAUCAGCUUGAGAUAGAUGCUAGAUAUGGUAUGGAGAAGAAAACGCCACUUAUGUUGGCAGCAGAAACCGAAGACAGUGUGUUUGUUAAUCAAAUUUUGGCCCUUCAGCCUAACCUGAAUGCACGAGACAGUCACGCUCAAACAGUCUUUCAAUACCUUUGCGCAAAUGGCCUUACAUCAGCUGUGGAACAUUCAAUCAACAUGGGCGUGGAUGUUAAUGAGCAUUAUUCUCCACGUUUUUAUAUUUUCCGACGACCAUAUAACCAACCCCCUCUAUACCUUGCCAUAGAAAGUGGUCAUGUUGGGGUGGCGGAACUGCUGCUGCAGAAAGGAUGUGAUAUAGAUAAACAGAGAGGUCUUAAAUGUGCAUUGAAUAGCCAGAACACGCAUAUGACGCGUUUUCUUUUAGACAGAGGAGCACAGGUUGACAGUAAUGUUGUGUGCAUUGCUUGUGGGUUGACAAACUUUCGUAUCAUCAAGAUGUUGUUUGAGGAGGGUGCAACAGUUGACAUGAUUUCAUCUGAUGGCGAUACUCCUCUUCACAGUGCAUGUGGAAGAAACCCUAAUGUUGUCUCAUUUUUAUUGGAGAAAGGAGCAAAUGUGAAUGUACAGAACAAUACAGGUAAGACACCACUUCAUACAGCAGCAGGAUGGGGUGGAUCUGCAGAGUGUGUUGAAGUGUUACUGAAGGCUGGAGCUAAUGUGAAUGUACAGAACAAUCAAGGUCACACACCACUUCAUACAGCAGCAUGGGGUAGAUCUUCAGGGACUGUUGAUGCGUUACUGAAGGCUGGAGCUAAUGUGAAUGUACAGAACAAUACAGGUGACACACCACUUCAUACAGCAGCAUGGGGUGGAUCUUCAGGGAAUAUUGAUGAGUUACUGAAGGCUGGAGCUAAUGUGAAUGCACAGAAUAAUACCGGUGACACACCACUUUACACAGCAGCCUUGAAUGCACCUCCAGAGUGUAUUGAUGUGUUACUGAAGGCUGGGGCUAAUGUACAUGCCACGAAUAAUACAGGUGACACACCACUUCAUGCAUCAACAGAAUUUACAGAAACUAGGUGGGUAUCUUCAGAGUGUGUUGAAUUGUUACUGAAGGCAGGAGCUAAUGUGAAUGCACAGAACAAUAAAGGUGACACACCACUUUAUGACGCAGUAUGGGAUGACGACUUUACAGAGCUUGUUGAUCCGUUACUGAAAGCUGGAGCUAAUGUGAAUGUACAGAACAAUGGAGGUUACACACCACUUCAUGUAGCAGCAGGGAAUGGAUGUACAGAGUUUGUUGAUUUGUUACUUAAGGCUGGGGCUAAUGUACAUGCCACGAAUAAUACAGGUGACACACCACUUCAUGCAUCAACAGAAUUUACAGAAACUAGGUGGGUAUCUUCAGAGUGUGUUGAAUUGUUACUGAAGGCAGGAGCUAAUGUGAAUGCACAGAACAAUAAAGGUGACACACCACUUUAUGACGCAGUAUGGGAUGACGACUUUACAGAGCUUGUUGAUCCGUUACUGAAAGCUGGAGCUAAUGUGAAUGUACAGAACAAUGGAGGUUACACACCACUUCAUGUAGCAGCAGGGAAUGGAUGUACAGAGUUUGUUGAUUUGUUACUUAAGGCUGGGGCUAAUGUACAUGCCACGAAUAAUGCAGGUGACACACCACUUCAUGCAUCAACAGGAUUUACAGAAACUGGGUGGGUAUCUUCAGAGUGUGUUGAAGUGUUACUGAAGGCUGGAGCUAAUGUGAAUGCACAGAACAAUAAAGGUGACACACCACUUUAUGACGCAGUACGGGGUGACGACUUUUCAGAGCUUGUUGAUCCGUUACUGAAGGCUGGAGCUUAUGUGAAUGUACAGAACAAUGGAGGUUACACACCACUUCAUGUAGCAGCAGGGAAUAGAUGUACAAAGUUUGUUGAUUUGUUACUUAAGGCUGGAGCUAAUGUGAAUGUACAGAAUAAUACAGGUGACACACCACUUCAUGAAGCAGCAAGUCAUGGAUAUACAGAGAGUUUUGAUGCGUUACUCAAGGCUGGAGCUAAUGUGAAUGUACAGAAUAAUACAGGUAACACACCACUUCAUACAGCAGAAGGACGGAAAUCUAGAGAGUGUGUGGAUGCUUUACUGAAGGCCUGAGCUAAUGUGAGUGUAAUAAUAAAGGUGACACACCACUUCGUACAGCAGCUGCAUGGUAUGGAUCUGCAGAGUGUGCUACUGAAGGCUGGAGCUAAUGUGAAUUUACAGAACAAUACAGGUGACACACCACUUCAUAAAGCAGCAAGGAAUGGAUCUGCAGGGUGUUGAUGCGUUGCUGAAGGCUCGAACUAAUGUGAAUGUACAGAAUAAUGCAGGUGACACACCACUUCAUACAGCAUUAUGGGAUAGAUAGAGUGUGUUGGUGUGUUACUGAAGUCUGGAGCUAAUGUGAAUGUACAGAACAAUACAGGUCAAACACCACUUCAUAAAUCAGCAGCAUCAGCAAGGGAUGGAUAUACAGUGUGUGUUGAAGUGUUACUGAAGGCUGAGGCUCAAGUGAUUGUACAUAAUAAUAAAAGUGACUCAGCACUUCAUACGGCAGCAGGACGGGGAUCUAAAGAGUGUGUGGAUGCGUUACUGAAGGCUGGAGUUCAUGUGAAUGUACAGAACAAUACAGGUGACACACCACUUCAUGCAGCAGCAGCAAGGGAUGGAUCUGCAGCGUGUGUUGAUGCGUUACUGAAGGCUGGAGUUCAUGUGAAUGUACAGAACUAUACAGGGGACACAGGACAUCAAAAACCUUAUCAGAGAUAUGCCACUGUUAUUAUAAAUAAUUGGUAAUAAUAUAUAUUAUUCCAGUGUCAUUGCUGAGCGAAGGUUUUGGAUGUCGGACAGUUUGUGACAUAAGCAAGCUCUUUUCCUUUAUUCCUUUGUCUCACUUCAUUACUGUUGGUGUGAGGGGUUUGUGCCAUUGAUGGAUGGUUGUUUUGUGGUUUAAUACCGCAAUCAGCAAUAUCCAAGCUGUUUGAUGGCGGUCUGUAAAUAAUCGAGACUGGAUCAGACAUUAUAAGUAUUGACAUCAUGAGCAUCGAUCUUCGCAAUGGGCGAUCUUGUUCAAUUCAUCUUCCCUUCACUUACCCGGCUGGUGCACUGACUUGGACGGUUCAACCUUAAACUGACGGCGCAUGUAGUACGAGCGGUACAUGUUAAUAUCACACCUGUAGACAGUUGACGAGUAUAGCCUUCAUCUCUAGCGGCAACGGUCACGCUGGUGUAUAGACAGUAUUUCUUUUAGUCUAAACAAAGAUCUAUCUAUUUUCAUGUCCGGAAAUAGAUGUCCGUGAUUCACUGGUACAUUAGGGAUGACCAAGACUGGUUACAUCGUAUCGUUAACCACUUGAUAGCCAUUCGAAGCGAGGCAGUGAGAUCAGCUGGUCGUUCAUUCAAGGUCGCUUUGUUGAUAGUUUGCAAUCGGUACUGAAAGUGAUUGCCUUUGAUGUUUGAAUAUCACACUUUUAGAAAUGAAGUAGAUCUUCAUUGUAUACAUACCCAUAUCUAUGUUGUAGUAUUGCCAAUCACGCUACAUCAUAUGCAUGCAUUUCGGUACAGCAGUAAGGCAAUGUAAUACGCGAAAUGUGAAGGUCUUAUGCAACGUAAAGUUGAUAGUUGCCUAAAUGUUGUGAAUAUCGACAGCAGUACAUGUAAGUAUUUGUCAGGUAUAUAACUUAGAGAAGUGUGACAUGUUUGAAAGAAAAUGCAAAAUAAAACAGGCACUGACGAAUAAUGUCAUCAGCUAAAUAACACAAUACAAUGUUCACUAUAAAAGAAAUGAAAAUCACUGAAAUCGAUUUUGAUACUUAAGGGUAAGUAGGUGCAUGUUGCAUAAAAAAUAUUUUUUAUGGAUGAAUGGUGGCUGUAUGGGAUUGCCAAAUACUACCGUGAUUCUAUUUCUGUAUGAUAAAUAAAAGCGGGGAUCAGGGGCAGAGCCAAAAAGAGUUUAUAACUUGGACUCAUUUAAGAUCCCCACGGUAUAACCAUAUGUACAAUUGCUGAGUAGAAUGAGAGGAAUGCAGGUUCUUGCAUCCAUUAUAUGCACAUUCUCUGUCGGAAAAUAGAUUGUUGCAUGCAUAUAUAGCAACCAUGUGAUUUUGAUUUAAUAUGUUCGAUGCCAUUCCUUUUCAUCUGGAACUUUUUCAGUCAUUCCUUUUAAAUAUUGUUUCAACUUCAAUAAAC